CUUCAGCAACUUCACUUCCUCAAUGUUUAUUCCAUCCUAAACUAAUCCAUUCAAAUUCAACAGUAGCAUACGUAGUCAAAUAGAAGUAACACGUAAUCGUACGACUGUUACACCACGAUGAUGUCAUCUACAUUGUAACGACGUCAUAUUUGGAGAUUUCGACGCAUAUGUCUUUCUCGUUAUCAUUAUUGGGCACAUCUUUAUUGUCACUGCUUCUGGCUGGUUAUUUGGCUCGGAAGUAUGGAUUACCUCCUCCAGCACCUAAAAUUGCUGCUAUCGAUUUGGGCACAACAUUUUCAUCAAUCGGCAUAUAUCAGGCUGUCACUGGGGCGACAGAUAUAAUUGCUGAUGAAACGGGACGACAGAGUAUUCCAAGUGUUGUUGCAUUUUUGCCAAAUGGUACUGUGAUAGUGGGUUCAAAAGCUGUUGAACAGCAAGAGCACAAUCCUUCACGAACAAUAUAUGAUGCCAAACGUUUCAUUGGCAGAAAGUUAUCUGAAGACGACCCGCAAUUUCAGGUUGAUAGGAAACGAUAUCCGUUUAAAAUUGAGUUAGACGUAGAAGGGCGAGCAUUGUUUGUUAUACCAUUGGAAAAUAAUGUUAUCAAAAAAUUAAGACCAGAAGAAGUUGGUGCCAUAAUAAUAAAUUAUCUUCGAAAAGCAGCCGAGAAGAAAUAUGAAACAGAAAUCAUUCGGGCGGUUGUCUCUGUCCCAGCUGAAUUCGAUGAUGAGCAGCGGAAUGCUACUUCACUAGCUGUUGAAAAAGCCGGAAUGGAAAGUCGGCGUGUGAUUAGUGAGCCAACCGCAGCUGCCCUUGCUUAUGGUUUACAUAAGAAAAAAGACGUUCAAUACAUUGUUGUAGUCGAUCUAGGUGGCGGUACAUUAGAUGUCUCGAUAUUGUGGUUGCAAGGAGGCGUGUUUAUGACUGUAGCGAUGGCUGGUAACAAUAGACUUGGCGGGCAAGAUUUUAAUGACCGUGUUCAGAAUCAUUUAAUGCAGCAUAUAAAAAAGAAUUAUGGCAAAGUGCUUGAUGACAAGGAAGAUAUCCAACAGUUACGACUUGCAAUUGAAGCUGCGAAAAUUCAGCUUACUGCACUUCCCGUCACUAACGUUGAUUUAAAUUUACGGUCACUGGGAAAGAUGCAUUACAGACUUACACGCAACGACUUCGAAUUUUUGAAUGAAGAUUUGUUUGAAAGUAUCACAGAACCAAUAGAAGCAGCAUUAAAUGACGCGGAAAUAAAGGCAUCCGAUAUUGACGAAAUUGUACUGGUUGGUGGUUCAACUCGCAUUCCACGUGUGCGUUCUGUUGUUGGUCGCUAUUUCGGCAAGGCACCAAAUCAUGGUGUUAAUCCGGAACUGGCUGUUGUCACUGGUGCUUCCGUACAAGCCGGUGUAAUUGGUGGCGGUUGGCCUCUUCAGGUAUCCGCUAUAGAAUUACCGGCGAGACGCAGGAAGCAUCACAUCUUCACAGGACAGAAGAAAUCAAACCAGUCCGCUAAGCAUUCUCAAGGAUGAGAAUUUCUGAUAUUAGGAAUUCAUAUUUUGAGAAUGCGCUGUCGAGAAUGUAGAUGUAUUACUCGUUGAGCUUGCAGAUUUUUCAACCUUUCCAUAAUUGUGCAAACAAUUUCUGUAUCUUGGGCAUUAGUGAACUUUGUUCUUUCGCGUUUCUAC